CCUGGUUCUGCUCUGAAUCCAGCUUCUGGCUGGAGGAUGGUGGGACAGCACUUCUGGGCCACAGAAAGAACAGCUGCCAGUCUUUCCCUCCCUGAAGCUGAUGCCUGUGGGACACAGCUGGGAAGAGAGGAGCAUCAGGCUUAAAGGAACAUAAGUGCUUGCUAAAAUGGCACUGGCCAGUUCAGUUUCUAGCAAAGCAGCACCACCACACUCCAGAAAAGUUUCUGCAGCAGGGGUGGAAGCGCACCAGAGCAAGAUGGAUUUUUUCUGCAAGCUGGGCUAUGGUAAGCAGGACAUCUGCAAAGUGCUGGAGAACCUGGGCCAAGAGGCCCUGGAGGACGAUGUGCUGAAAGAGCUGAUUCGGAUGGGGAGCAAACCUCAGGCUCUGGAGAAGCAGGCUCAGCCUUCCCAGCUAAAGCUGGUAGCCCGUGGAUCGUGCAGCACCACAGCGGGGCUGAAGUGGCUUGGAGAAGAUGAGAGUGAUUCUUCUGAUUCCCUGAGGCCCAUUGUGAUCGAUGGCAGCAAUGUGGCCAUGAGCCAUGGAAACAAGGAGGUGUUCUCCUGCUGGGGGAUCCAGCUGGCAGUGGAUUGGUUUCGAGAGAGGGGGCACACCUACAUCAAGGUUUUUGUCCCGCUCUGGAGAAAGGAGCCCCCUCGACAAGACAGCCCCAUCGCAGAUCAGCACAUCCUUGAGGAGCUGGAGAAGCAAUCUAUCCUGGUGUACACCCCCUCCCGGAAGGUGAAGGGCAAGCGGGUGGUUUGCUAUGACGAUCGCUACAUAGUGAAAGUGGCUUACGAGAGGGACGGAGUCAUUGUUUCCAAUGACCACUACCGGGACCUCCAGAACGAAAACCCCGAGUGGAAAUGGUUCAUCGAGCAGCGACUACUCAUGUACUCCUUUGUCAGUAACAGGUUUAUGCCUCCAGACGAUCCAUUAGGUCGGCACGGACCCACCUUAAGUAACUUCCUCAGCAAAAAGCCAGUGCUUCCUGAGAAAAAAUGGCAGCCUUGCCCUUAUGGUAAAAAAUGCACCUAUGGCAAUAAAUGCAAAUUUUACCAUCCAGAGAGACAACAUCAAGCUCAGCUUUCGGUUGCUGAUGAGCUCAGGGCCAAAACAAAGGUCCCGCUAGCCCUGGGGAAAGAGGAGGAGAGGUGUCAGUGCUCCCCGUGCGAUGCCUGCACGGAAACUCUGCGGGAAGCCAGAGGCUGCUCCGGGCCCUCCUGCUGCCCGGGCCGCUCCCAGGGCAACUGCUCGGAGCAGACAUUCCGUGCAUGGGCCAGCAGUGCCGGCUCUGACCUGCGGCUGGACCGGCGCUUGCCGCAGCCGGAGCCGCUCCUGGAGAAGAUGUCAGCAGUGUCCAUCCGUGAGGACACCUACGGCUGCAGCUGGUCCCGAUGCACCGCUCGGGACAGGGCGGUCGCGGACAGCCCCCAGCCCUGCUCCGCCCUCAGGCACAAACUGCUGUCGCUUCAUCCCCCUCAGGGCUUGCAGCGCCCCGGCUCUCCCAGGUGCCCUUUCCAGCGAGGAGCGCUCCCGGCCGUGCCAGGCGCGAUGUGCCCGGAGCGCAGCUGGGCUCGGGAGCGCCCAGGUGUGCACGGAGCGGGCCACGGGAGCCGUUCCUUCCCUCUCGGCGCUCAGCACGAACAGGCCCUGGAGAGCCAGCCCCGCCUUUUGCUGCAGUGCCCAGCUCUGUGCCCUGCCCGGCUGGCCCCGCUCGGCGAUUCCCAGCCCCAGCGCUGUGUGCCCAGCCAGCCCCCGGGGCAGCCCCCGCAGCUGGAGCGCAGCAACAGAACGGGGUUGUUCCAGACAGCCCAUGCCUACCCCAAUGCCUCUUACAGGGACUACUGGCCCACCCCAGCUGCAAGGCCACCCUCUGCCCAGCAAAUAAACAUCCACAGGGAGCUGUGCUCCCCUUAUCCUUACAGUGGGAUGAGCCAGGUCAUAACUCUGUACCCCAGUAUCCAGGAUAAGGGGACUGGAGCUCCUCCCCUGUGAAGACAGGCUCAGGAAGUUGGGGCUGUUCAGCCUGGAGAAGUUUGCAUGGAGACCUCAUAAAAACCUUCCAGGAUCUGAAGAGAGCCUACAAGGAAGCCAGAGAGGGACACUUAAUCAGGAACUCCAGUGACAGUACACAGGGGGAUGGCCUCAAACUGAGACAGGGUUGGUUUAGAUUAGAUUUUAGGAUGAAAUUCUUAAUUGUGUGAGUGUUGAGACAGAGCUUGCACAGAGAAAUUGUGAAUGCCCCAUCCCUGGAAGUGUUUAAGGCCAGGCUGGGUGGGGCUCUGUGCAAUCUGGUCUGGUGAAAGGUGUCCCUGCCCCUGGCAGCAGGGGUGUUGGAACUGCAUGAUCUUUUGUGUCCCUUCCAACUCAAACAAUUCUGUGAUUCUAUGAUAUUGCCUGCUGGGCUUUAAUGAUUCAAAGACACAGAAACUUGUGAAACCUCCAGAGCAAACCAUUCCCAAUCAGCACAAGUCCCAGGGCAAGAAGAUGCUGAGGCUUAACUAACUGAGGCUUAUUCUGAGGCUUAACUACCUGUUUUUAGAGGGUGUUAUGGCAAGGAUUACAGCUGCUCCAGGAAUACAAGUACAAGAUCCAGUCUAGGCAAAGCUGUCAUCCACAGCAAUGGGAUUGCAUUCCACCUCCCCUGAAAGAGAACAGGAGGGCUCAGGGUUAGUGGGCGGUCAGCAUUUGAAGCUCACUGGUGCCUGGAUUGAGGAUGGCACAGGUUUUCAUUAAUGCCCUGAAACACUGGAUGUGUUUUUAGAGUCCUAACCUACGGUUCGACUUCUGUAAAAGAGCUGUGCUUGCUCAGCCAGCACAGGAGGUGAUUUGGCCUGAUCCCCCAGCACAGGGCUGUGCUCUCUGCUAGAAGGCAUCUCUGGGUCCCUGUCAUCACCUGAUUCAAGCCCAACCUGCUGCCAGCAAGCUUUCAGAGCAACACCUCGUGCUUCUAAAGCCAUGCUGAGCACACACAGAACCCCCAGCAGAGGGGCUGGAAGUGCACCAGAGCACCUGAAGGAAGACACAGGUACAUUUCUCAGAAAAGGGACAUACAGAGCAUAAAUAAAAUAUAUCUUCAAUGUAAGUCCUGGUGUGGACUGAGGGCUUGGGGCUGGUAAUUUAAAAAAUCCAGAAGUCCAGAUGAUGCUAAAGAGGAAAAAAAAAAAAAAAGGUUGAAAGUGUCUCCUGUGUUGAACAAGGAAGCUAUUGUUGACUUAACUCUCAAUUACCAAAUGUGGCCCCAUGAUGCAAUUACACAGUAAACCAUGUUCUGUUAGGACAUGUUUGAUUUUCAGUAAGCUGUAAAGCUGCUAAUCUCUGCAUUAUUCCACCGAAUGCUUCAGGUUCAAUUCAAUUAGUAAGGUUGAUCCUGAAGGCUUUUUGGCACUAUACCAAAGUUGAAGUAUGUCAGUAUGACAUGUUUUAAAAAUGUUUUAACACAUUAUAAAAUGUUCAUCUGUAACACUUUGUUCUCAAUAAUGUCUUCAUUUUCUGGGUUUUACUUACGUGGUGGGGUUUUUUUUGUUGUUAUUUUGUUUAGGUUUUGGUUUUGUUUUCUUUUUCCCCAGUCCCAGUCAUCUUAGAAGUGAUGCUUCAAUAUUCAGGUGGGAUUUUCAAGCUCUCUGACCCUGCAGUAUCUCAUUUCUCUGAAGUGCAGGGCUGUUAGUUCCAUGCAGGAAUUAAAUGCAGUCCUCAAUGAGAAGUUGGAAUUCUGUUGCUUUUGCAAACGUAGCAGUAAUUUACUCUUAGUGACAUUAUCACAUGAUGAAUUUUUUGAAAGCUGUGAUAGUUUGACUUGUUUCCCUCUGGAAACCACCACUAGUUUUUGGUUUAUUGGGUUUUUUUUUUAGAUGAUGGUGUUUGAAGAAUCUGCAGAAAAUAAGUAUACUGUGUCUGUUCAAUUUCUUAUGCCCCUGUGGCUGGCUCCAAGAACUAGCAAUUUGGAUUUUGGAGGUAUGAUUUAUGUUCACAGAACAUGACUGUUUUUUCCAUAUGUCCUAUGGAUUGUCAGAAUGGCUUAUAAAUUUAUCCACUACAUAUUACAUAAGGAUUAGAAGUUCUAACAAACCAGAAGUUAAAACAAAACUAUGGAAAAAAAUUCUCUGUGACAUGCCUCAAAAAAUAUUGGAGACAAAGUGUGAUGCUGAGUGGAAAAAUGCCUUCCACCCAAACAAAGCAAGUCCCAGAUGGCAGCAUCCAGAAAACACACACACAGCAAUGGAGCAGGAUGUAACUGUACGUGUCAACAUUAAUUUUCAUGUCUGGCAUGUUACAUAUUUCAAUACACAAAGCAUUUAAAAAUCCAUGGAAAAAUUGGCACACUGCCUUUACAUGGUGCCCUCGGCUUGCUGGAGAUGUGCAUGAACUUUUCUCCUCUUCCUUUGAGGAUGCACAGGAAUUUGGUGGUUGUCCAAAACCCUCUCAAUGUUUAAUUUUUUUUCCUUUUAAUUUCUGUCAUAUUUACUGAGAAAUCUUUUUGUAAAAUACAUAGAAUGUGGACUCUGCUGA